GGAAAAAAAAAAGCCGGCUGAACCAGAAGAACUUUGAGAGGAACCUGAAUGAAGAAACACAGCAGCUUUUACAGUACCUCUGGUCAUAUUACUCUGUUGGACUGACAUCAGAGAGGACUGGAAAUUUCCCUGAUAUCCAAGUAUCUGAUGUUUAGCUAAUCAGCAACAUCCUGAUGAAUGUGCCCUUAAAAAAAUGUGUUAAUAACACUGUUACUGGUCACAGAACAUAUUGAGAUAUACUGUACUCCUUUAAAACAAGUUUGUGUCAAUGGAACCAAUCCUUGAUAUCUCUUCACUCCCUCACCCGACCCCCACAGUGACAUAUGACCCUAAGUCUGAAACGGUGACUUUCCCGAGUGGGGUGGUCUCUGUUGCAGGCGUCACUGUAAUAACUGGAGGCACUGAGCUGUCCUGCAGCUCCUGUAUGUUGGCCUUUGGGUUUUGGGGCACUUUGGUUGGCCUGAGUGCACUUUGUGUGGGUCUGAGGGAGCAUUUACUGCUAAAUGAGGGCAAAAUUUCAAAUCUGCUGGCUCUGGCUUUGGUGGUCCUAGUUCUAAGUUUAGGCAUUAUGCUUGGAGUGUUUGGGUUUCGUUUCAUCAUGAAGAAGACGAAGAUGAUGAAAAGAGAAAGAGACGAAGGAAAGGUUGUGCUGGUUGGUGAGGGACAGCAGACUGUCAUAAAAACUGUGACCGUCUGAAAGAAGAGCUCUGUGGAUUAAGCUUGUGUUUCGGUUGCACAGUAGUUUAAUAUAGUGACAAUACACAAUGUCUGUGUAUUGAUAAGCUAACUGGCUAUUAUUCCUAAGAGUUUUGAUAUAUUUAUUAUCAGAAUGCUCUGUAUUUUUGACUACACUAUGACUAAUACUUAUACCACUGAAUUUUUGCUAUUAUACCUACUGAGUAUUAUUUUGAUGUAAAUGAAAAGGUUUGGAAUUAAGGAUAUUGAAUAGAAUAUCAGGAUCAGGAUCUCUCUCUCUCUCUGUCUCUCUCUCUCUCUCUCUCUCUCUCGCUCACUCUCUCUGCUCACAAACAGAGAAUGUAAAACAGGAAAUAAUUAUCUGAAUUUUCUGCCAGCAACAUUUAAGCAUUUAAGCAUUUCCAAAGUAAGCAGAAAACAGCAUGUUUACAAAUUGUUUCAGGAGUUCUACAAAUGUAUAUAGGCUUUUUAAAAAGAAAGAUAUGAAAAUAAAGCCUCCAUAACAACAUUUGUCAUGAUAUUUUGAAUACUGUUGUAUAUCCUGUAAUGAGUUUGAUAUUGUAAACUGCUGUUUAUUAAGCA